ACGUGUAUCAUGGUGUUCUCGAUUUGUUGAACCAUUUGAUCACCUCUAGGGUGAAAUCGUCUCCCCAACCCCACUGGGUCUUGUUGUCACCGCGGCACAAAUCAUCAGCAACAACCACCGACCGUUGAAAGGCUGGCAUCCGUGUUUGACGAAUUAUGCCUAUUGACAGGUAUCCCGGAAUAGGUUGUUCUUUGCAUGAGAGUUGAACCAUCAAGGUCGCUCCAUACCGAAUUUUUGUAUAGGCAUUUCUCCAUCAUCUCAUAGCUACCUUUCCUUCGCCCGAGGGGGAGCAUCGUCGCCUGAAAUGAACACCGAAAACCAAGGCAAACAUCUUCCCUCCCUAGCCCCUGGGCCCCGAGGCCCCGUUGCAACUGGAUCAACCACAUUGGCCAAGUCAAGGAAGAAUUCGACAGCAUGUUUGCCAUGCAAGCAGGCAAAGCGAAAGUGCAGCGGACGCCCGCCACCUUGUAAGGCAUGCCAAAACACUGGGGGAUGCAUCUUCGAUGAGACGCUCGACUUGAGGCGAAAGGUCGCUGCGAGGCGCACCCAAGGAGAGCUAGAGUACUACCGAGGCCUGCUAUACUCGCUUCUCGAAAUGCUUCGAUCCUCAGAUGAAGAAAAGGCCCGACAGAUGCUGGAAAAGAUCCGUGGCAAUGCCCAACUGAACGACCUCGUCACUAUUAUCGACGCUCCUGCCACUGAUUUCAGUGACGCAAGUUCAGAGCACUCCAAGAGCGUUGGGCCUGCGGAAGAUAUCCCAUCGCAGCACGAGCGCCCAGUUGUCGAUGCCCACUUGCGGAUAACGGUGGAGAGGCUAUGUGAUAUUCCCCUGUUUCAGGUAUCUUCCGGGCCUUGGACAGUGGUUACUAAUGAUGACCAUCUUGUUUCGCACCUAAUAUCGUUGUACUUCACUUGGGAUCAUCCGUUAUUGCAGGUCGUGGAUCAAGAGACGUUCCUAAAGCAUAUGACUACCAGAGAAACCAAUCCAGAUUGCUGCACCUCGCUGCUUGUUAAUAGCAUAUUAGCGGUGGCAAGUAUCUAUUCCGACUUUCCAGAAGUUUUUGCUGUCCCUGACGAUGAGACGUCACGGGGGCAGCAUUUCUAUGCGGAAGCAGAGCGAUUGUGGAACGCGGAGGAAGGCCGCGUUUCUCUGGCCAAUAUUCAAGCUGUGGCCCUAAUGAGUCGUUUCCUGAAAUUCCAAGGUAAAGAUGACCUGAGCUGGCUUAUGCUCAGGCAAGCUGUACAGCUCGCACAAGAUUUUGGCAUGUUCAUGUCACCGAGGAUGGGACACCACCAGUGGGAGAAAAUGUCUCUCCGACUGCAGCAUGCUUGUGCAAUCACUGCUUGGGGUCUUUUUAUUUUGAACGCGCAAACGUCAUUGCAUAGUCGCAAGGUCGCAGAGUUGAAGCCACCGAAAUAUAAACCUUAUCCUGUAACUGCGCUCGAUGAUGAUUUUAUGUGGACACCGUAUCCUCGCUUCAAUCAGGUUGGCCUCGCCAAACACCCGGCAUAUCUACGACUCGUCAUGACCAAAAUGAUCGAUUUGACCGAGAUUGUCGCGGACAUACCGGAUCUGCUGUUUGACAAAGGGCUCGACAUGCCAAUCGGCGAACUGUGGAUAGCAGCCAAUAAGAGAUGCGUUCGCUUGCAGCGAUGGCUUGACAGCCUUCCGAAGGACUUUGAAGCCGACGAUGAGAAACUACCACAGAUCUUAUACCUGUAUAUCGGAUAUCACCAUACGAUUAUGGUACUAUUCCAAUAUUUCUUGGAGCAUCAACAUUUCGGGCCCACGUCCCAUCCAUCGGAAUUUGAACAGGCCCGGUCAAAUCAGCUUCGAUCGGCGAAGCAAGUUGUCCAGUGUCUCCGCUCGUACCAUGAAGCCUAUGGAUUGCGACAAAUACCCAGGCAGAUGCUCGAGCCCACCAAUAGUAGUCUCCUUGUCUUUCUGAGUGCCUUGAACGAGGACGAUUCAAAGGAUGCGUUUGUGGAAUUGUGUCGGUUUCUAGUGGCUUUCAGCAAGAGAUUCGCGGUAGCUAAAGAGAUGCUUCGCAAUCUAGAGAACAUUGUUCAGUCCUCGAGGCUCACAUUACUCCCAGAAGCUGUUGCUGUACUGGAUCACAGGGGGCAGGAGACUUCACAAUGGCUGUAAGCCCGGGUAUCAUAGCAUUAUUUGCCAGAACGGCAUUGUUACUCCGUCAUUAUGUUUGCAUCGAAUCAUUAUAGAGAUAUCAGAUGGAAUGGAUAGUGGAUGAAAGUCGAAGGAGCAGGUUCAAUUGGAAGGCAUGAUGGGGGAAGAUCAGAUCCUGUACCACGAGGGGGGAAGAGUUUCCCUCAGUAGUGUUAAUGUGUGUUUCCUGAAAAAUGCGGCAUCUGUUUUUUUUAGAGAAAGACCACGGUAAAUCGUCAGUAGAUGAUAACAAGAAUCAACUCAGAUGGGAAGAUCCCGAGCAAAGACGAUGAAAUAGAUAAAGCAUUGAAGGAAGACGAAAGUG